CUCACACAUCAUCCCCGUGUCUUGUUCAACCGAACCCCAUUCUCCCCUAUAAAUAACGAAGCACUGCAGUGGUUUGAAAAUUGCAGAGACUGCAAUACAGGGAGAAAGACUGUGUCAGUGUCUGUGAUGUCUGAAAUGGCGUUCACCAACCGCCACGAACUUCUCUGAGUGCAUUUUCAUCGUUCUCCUUCUCGCCGUCUCCUCCUUCCUCCGCCGCGAUUUUCCGAUCACCAAACUCCGAAAUCAGUGACGGCAUGAGUCGCUUAGGGUUCAAAAUCGAUGUCUAUGAAGGCGAUGUGCGAUUGGGUGAACUCGACGUGGUUCCGGUGACCGCGUUUCCGAGCUUCCGUUUCCCUAACAACGAGAUUCGCAUCCACCACAGAACCCUGAAGAGCGAGCGUUGUCCACCGCUUUCGAUCCUACAAACGAUUUCCUCCUUCGCCGUCCGCUGCAAACUCGACUCCUCCCUCGCCGUGGAGCAACCGCACCUAAUCAACCUGCACGCCUCAUGCUUCCACGAAAUGAGGACAGCGGUGGCGUUGGUUGGGGACGAGGAGGUUCACCUGGUGGCGAUGCCGAGCAAGAGGAAGAAGUUCCCGUGCUUCUGGUGCUACGGUGCUCCGGUGGGGCUCUAUGAUUCGUGCAUGGGGAUGUUGAACCUGAGGUGCCUUUCGAUUGUGUUUGAUUUGGACGAGACUUUGAUUGUGGCGAACACGAUGAAGUCGUUUGAGGACAGGAUUGAGGCUUUGCGCAGUUGGCUUUCGCGUGAGAGUGAUCCCUUGAGGGUGCAGGGGAUGUCCGGUGAGCUUAAGCGGUACCUCGAGGACCGGUUGCUGCUGAAACAGUUUGCGGAGAGUGAUUCUGUUGUCGAUAAUAAUGGGAAGGUGUACAAGGUUCAGAUGGAGGAGUUGCCGCGUUAUUCCGAUAGCCACGAGAAAGUGCUUCGCCCUGUUGUGAGGAUGCCAGAGAGGAAUAUAGUCCUCACUCGCAUCAAUCCUGAGAUUCGUGAUACUAGUGUACUAGUGAGGUUACGACCUGCUUGGGAGGACUUACGAUACUAUUUAACCGCAAAAGGACGUAAGCGGUUUGAAGUUUAUGUUUGUACUAUGGCUGAAAGAGAUUAUGCUUUGGAAAUGUGGAGGCUUCUUGACCCAGAGUCACAUCUUAUAAGUUCAAAGCAAAUCCUUGACCGUGUGACUUGUGUCAAAUCAGGCUCCCGAAAGUCUUUACUAAAUGUUUUUCAUGAUGGUAUGUGCCAUCCGAAAAUGGCAAUGGUGAUUGAUGACCGUUCAAAGGUUUGGGAAGACAAGGACCAGCCUAGGGUUCAUGUGGUUCCUGCCUUUACUCCUUAUUAUGCUCCUCAAGCAGAGACAGCCAAUGCUGUCCCAGUCCUAUGCGUAGCAAGAAAUGUUGCAUGCAAUGUCAGAGGUUGUUUUUUCAAAGAGUUUGAUGAGAAUUUUUUACAAAGAAUUGCUGUGAUCUUCUUUGAAGAUGAAGUUGGAAGUUUACCUCACCCUCCAGAUGUGAGCAAUUACUUGAUGUUUGAGGAGGCACCAAAUGGUACUGCUAUUGCUAAUGCCCCCAUUGUUGAAGGAAUGACUGGUGCCGAAGUUGAACGAAGGUUAAACCAACCUGAUGAUAAACUUUCUGUUGAUUUAGCCAGCCGUCCCAUGGUGAACAGUGUUGAGUUUAGACAUGAAUCCUCUCAGCAAGCUGCUGGCGUAAUUUCAAAUGUAAAUGGCCCUGGAUCUUCAAGAACCCUGGUUCCUUCACAAAAACCUGGGUUGCUUGGACCUCCGGUUAAGCAUGAUUGCAGCUCCGUUGAUCGUGAUCGUGAUUCUGACAUGAAAAAAGGACUAUUACCUAUGAGACAUGGUCCAGAUAUAAGAAGUCAAAGUUCAGUUGAACCACCUUUAAUAUCAAGGCCACCCAUUCAAGCUUCACCAUCUUUAACACAGCCUUAUGGAGGCUGGUUGAUAGAAGAUGAUACAAGCACCAGAAAUCAGACAAAUAAUUGGACUUUUUCAUCUGGCAAAGAAUCUAGUUUAGUGAAGUCUGAUACGCAUCAGGCGCAACAGAAAUCGUUUUCUCAUAGUAUGGCAGUUUCAGGCCCUAAUGUUCCCCUCCCACAAGCAUCACAAUCUAAGGCUGAAGAGGCAACUUCUGUAUCUGAUUUUCAGAGGCAGAGUAUUCCAUCUAAGUCUCAGCUAUCAGCUUUUGCAGAGGGUGGGAUAUCUCCAAAUUAUGCAUCUUCUAAUAGCAAAGAUUUUCAAAAUGAGGCUGGAAAAUUCAACUUUUCGUCUUCUUUUUCUAUUGGAGUGCUGCAAGAAAUUGGGAAGCGGUGUUGCUCUAAGGUUGAAUUUAAGUCCAUUGUAAGCACCAGUAAAGACUUGCAGUUUUCAGUGGAGGUACUAUUCACUGGUGAGAAAAUAGGUGUUGGUAUGGGUAGGACAAGAAAGGAUGCUCAACUACAAGCUGCUGAGAAUGCCCUUCGCUGCUUAGCAGAGAAGUAUGUGGCACAUACAGAGCCUCAUUGUAGAGCUGUUGAUAGAGAAUUUGACAAACUUUCCCUUGGACAUGAAAAUGGUUUCUUGUGGGAUGUGGUCAAUCCAGAAUCCAGUGAACUGCAAAGAGAAGAGGAAGGGCCAAGAGAUAGUGCUUCUGAGGCUUCAGAUGCUGAGACUAGGCCAUCUACACCGAAUGUCAUCAAUCAGCCAAUGGAAAAGCGUCACAGCCUCCCGAGAAUGCAGCAGUCUGUUUCUAGCAAAAGGUUGAAGGAAUGAAGUUACUUCAAGAUGAACAAAUAUUCCCAUCAUUGCAGCAUCUGGAGAAUAGGCCAUUUCAUGAGUCGGCAUAAGGUUUUGAUCUUUAUGCUCGGCUCCUGUAUUAUCUCUGGGGCAGCAGUUUUAGGUAUGCUGUGGGGAUUUCCCUGCUAAUUUAUGUUAACAUAGAGAAUGGCAUUUUUUGUUUUGCCCUAUCAGUUUCUAGGUUUUUAUGCCUAGCCUCGUUUUUUUUAUAAACACCCGGUGUCCAGUCAUCCUUUGGAUACUGACUAUUCCAGAUUCCAGAUUUAUUCCUAGUCAAGGCUCUUUAUCCCUCUCCCGAGGUGUAUUGUGUGGGAAUGUAAACCAAGAGCUUUUCCCGCACAUCCUGUGUCUGUUGCUAUCUGAGUUACCCCUCGUGGGUAUGCCUAGCCUCGUUUAUAUCUAGUGUUGUAUUAGUACAAAUUUUACAAGAGUUCCUGACAAAAAAAAAAGUUAUAAGAAAGUUUUUUUUUAUAGUUAA